CGCAUCCACAGUCCAGAGGCCGGACUUCCGCCUCCGGCCCGGAACUCCGCUCAGCAUGACGUUGCACGGCCAGUUUGAGUCUCCUCAGCGCCCGUAGUUCCUGAACUUUGACCGCUCCUCUGGGCUAGCCGGAGGGCAGUACGCAUGCGUAGUUCCGUUGAAUGGGGUGCGUCCUUAUCCUCGCGGCGGCCGCAGGAGCGGCGGCAGUGGUCCUGGCCCUGCGGCUGUGGCUCGUGCUUCAUUCCCGGGUUGUUGUUCCUCGGGAAUCUGUCAGUCUCAUGGCGGUGGCCGGGUCCGGCGGGCACACCACCGAGCUGCUGAGGCUGCUGGGGCACCUGUCCGCCGCGUACUCUCCCAGACACUACGUCAUCGCGGACACGGACGAGAUCAGCGCCCGGAAGAUACAGGCCUUCGAACUCGGUCGCGCCGAUAGGGACCCCAGUGGCAUGGUGCCGCGGUACUUCCUCCACCGCAUCCCGCGGAGCCGCGAGGUCCGGCAGUCCUGGCUGUCCACGGUGGCCACCACCCUGCACUCCGCCUGCCUCUCCUUGCCCCUCACCUACCGCGUGAGGCCGGACCUGGUGCUGUGUAACGGGCCCGGGACCUGCGUGCCCAUCUGCGCGGCGGCCGUCCUCCUGGGCGUGCUGGGCGUGAAGCGCGUCACCGUGGUCUACGUGGAGAGCCUCUGCCGGGUGGAGCACCUGUCGCUGACGGGCCGCAUCCUGCGCCCUUUUGCCGACUACUUCCUGGUGCAGUGGCCCGCCCUGAAGAAGAAGUACCCCACGUCCGUGUACCUGGGGCGGAUCGUGUGACAGGUGCCUGCUCCGGUUACACGCAGCCAACACGACUUACACGUGGGGAUGAGAUUACACCUUUGUUAGAGAGCAAGCAUGUCAAACUCACAGCCCGAGGGCCGCAUGAGGCCCACAACCGAUAGAACGGUAUGUAAGAAACAUUUUAAUAAAAAUUUUUUAACUGGC